GCCUCUCCUGUCUCUGCUCGACUACCAGAGACGAAACCCAAGCGACGACUGCUCGACUCCGAUGAAGAAGAGCAAGAGCAUGCAGGUUGGUCGGGUGGCUCUGAUUCAGAGGCCGGGGGUGCCGACAAUAUCGAAGAGAGGGAGAUUGAAGCUGUUAAGUGGUUCAAUAACGCUGAGACGAAGACGAUCGUCGAAGUAACGGCUUGUGCACCUGAGCAAGCUGAUAUAAUCGUCUCACUUCGACCUUUCAACUCCCCUGGGGACGUUCGCAAGAAAUUGGGAAAGCGAAAAGGCAUCACAGCCAGGUUCUUUGAAGACUGCGUGGAUAUCCUUGAGGGCUAUGCCAAGGUCGAUACCCUCCUAACUCGGUGUGAAGCUGUUGGGAAAGAAUUGCUGGAGACUGUUGGGGCCUGGGGUGAUACGAGUGGUAGCGUUGUUGGCAGUACCGUCGGUUCUCGGGCAGGUAGCGUUGCCCCAGAGCCAUUGCAGAGAGGACCGCCUCCCAAGGCGAAGGAAGCACUGCAAGAACAACCAAGCAAUAUGCAGAAUCUGACUCUCAAGGAUUAUCAGCUUUACGGGUUGAGCUGGUUGUACCUCUUAUAUAGAAAGGACCUAAGCUGCAUCCUCGCUGAUGAAAUGGGUCUCGGGAAAACAAUUCAAGUCAUCGCAUUCUAUGCUCUGCUGAAGGAAAGGGGCGUGGCAGGACGUCACCUUAUCAUCGUGCCGUCGUCUACAUUGGAGAACUGGUUGCGGGAGUUCCGUCGCUUUGCGCCAACGAUUAAUGUUCAAUCCUAUUACGGGUCUCAAACCGAAAGGCAGCUACGGAGGGCUGAGCUGAGAGCUGAAGAUGCGGACUGGGACGUCCUGAUCACCACAUAUAACCUAGCGCAAGGUGCAGAGUCAGACCGUAAAUUCUUCUCGAAGAAGCUGGAGCUCAGUACAUGCGUUUUCGAUGAAGGGCACGUCUUGAAGAAUUACCAGAGCCAGCGAUACCAGAACCUGAUGCAGAUAAGGGUACCAUGGCGUCUCAUGCUUACCGGCACCCCACUUCAGAACAAUCUGCAGGAAUUGGUGUCCCUCUUGAAUUUCCUCCUGCCGAAGUACUUUGCAGAAGCACAAGAGUCUCUGCGUGCUAUUUUCAAGGUUAAGGCGAACUCGUCGACGAGCUUUCUCUCAAGAGAAAGGGUAUCGAGAGCAAAAACGAUGAUGACUCCCUUCGUUCUCCGGCGCCGAAAAGAUCAAGUGUUGCGGGAUCUGCCCAAGAAGACAGAGCGAAUAGAAUAUUGCUCGUUAUCGUCCACUCAGACAGAAAUAUAUCGGGAUGCUCUCAAGCGUUCUCGAAAGGCUCUUCAGGAGUUUCCGGAAGAAGAGGAGCCCGCCAACAAGAAGACCCGUUCGUCGAAAGCCUCACAGGUCAAACAAGCUGCCGAUACCAGCACUAAUGUUCUCAUGGACCUGCGGAAGGCUGCUCUCCAUCCUAUGCUGUUCCGGAAACGAUUCACAGACUCGAAGCUCAAGGUCAUGGCAAAGGACUGUUUGAAGGAACCAGAGUUUGCUGAGAGCCGGUAUGACUACGUGGUCGAGGACAUGUCUGUUAUGUCAGAUGCAGAACUGCAAGUGUUCUGUGAAAAGUACAAGAGCGUGCAUAAACACAGGCUCAACGAAAAGUCCUGGCUGGACUCCGGUAAGGUGGACACUUUGCUGAAGCUGAUUGCAGAGUACCGCUCACAAAGGAGGCGCAUCCUCGUAUUCUCUCAGUUCGUUCAAGUUCUUGACAUUCUUCAGCACGUCUUGGAUAAGGAAGGUAUACGUUACCUCGUCCUUACUGGAUCGACAGCUGUCGACGUCAGGCAGAGCUUGGUUGACGAAUUUUCGGAAGAAGAGGAUAUCCCAGUGUUUCUGUUGUCCACGAAGGCUGGCGGAAUGGGGAUUAACUUGACCGCUGCCAGCGUCGUGGUUCUAUUUGAUCAAGAUUUCAAUCCACAUAAUGAUCGCCAGGCCGCAGAUAGAGCAUAUCGCAUUGGGCAGAAACGCGAUGUUGACAUAAUCAAGUUUAUCACCAGGGGUACCAUCGAGGAGGAUAUACAUCGACUUGGCCAGACAAAGCUUGCCCUUGAUGUCGCCGUUGCAGGCGGAGAAGAGGUUACACCGGAAGGCGAGGAAGGCAAGAUUCAAAAACUUAUGAAGGCAACUCUCAUCGGAGCGUUGCGAAAGAAGUUGGCGGUUGACGGUGACGAAGGUGUUAUUGCGGGCACAACUCAACUUAUCGAAUCCGAUGUCGACCUUUUGUCCAAGGAGGAAGAAGAGAAGUUAGAAUGCACCACUUUUGAAUUCGUAGAUGCAUCAAAUUGAUAGGUCA